CCGUAACGCUCGGUGACGUGUGCAUCUUGUGGUACUUCCUCGUUUGUUUUCUGAGCUGCCGAACCGAAACCUGACGCCCAGAUUCAGAAUGCAUCUGUCAAGGGUUGGAAUUUACAUGAAGAGGAGAAAGCGGGCCUGCUCUCAAGCUUGAGCAUUAUCUGUCUUCCUCCAUCUGGCCGUCACUGUCUCUGCCUCCUCACAUUGGUGCUCAUUUCCUCUCCCUUCAUCAACAUGCUGUGCUGGGGGAAUGCCAAGGAUGGGCAGUUGGGUGUUGGUGUGGAAAGGAACCCAGUGUUUGAGCCAAGGAACUGUCAAGUGUUCAGUGGCAGGGGACUGAAAGAUGUCGCCUGUGGAGGGCAACACUCGAUUUUCCUGCUGUACGAUGGUAGCGUGUACACAUGUGGCUCCAACAGCUGUGGCCAACUGGGGCACGACAAAGCAGGGACUUCCCCAGAGCUGGUAGGGGCUCUGGAUACACAGAAGAUAACAAUGGUAUCGUGUGGUCGGGCCCAUUCGAUGGCGGUGAAUGAGCAAGGUCAAGUGUUUGCCUGGGGAGCGAGUGAAGGGGGACAGCUCGGCCUGGGGACCGUGGAGGCGGCUGUUCGAAUCCCAAGGUUGGUCAAGAGACUGUGUGACCAUCGCAUCUCCCAAGUAAUGUGUGGGAACCAGCACUGCAUCGCACUUUCUAGAGAUGGUGAGCUCUUCACCUGGGGCCAGAACAGCAGUGGUCAGCUCGGUCUGGGGAAAGGAGAGCCCAGCAAGCUGUCCCCUCAUCCUCUGAAGUCUCUGGCAGGAAUUCCUCUGGCACAGAUAACUGCUGGGGGAGACCACAGUUUUGCACUCUCCUUGUCCGGAGCUGUAUUUGGAUGGGGCAAAAACAGAGCUGGACAGCUGGGUCUCAAUGAUAAGCAAGAUCGUGCCGUCCCAUGCCACAUCAAAUUUUUGAGAUCUCAAAAAGUUGUUUACAUCAGCUGCGGAGACGAACAUACAGCAGCACUCACAAAGGAUGGCGGCUUGUUUACAUUUGGUGACGGCUCAUGGGGUCAGCUGGGUCACGGCUCCACCAAUAAUGAACUUUUACCGAGACGAGUACUGGAGCUCAUGGGUACUGAGGUGUCCCAGAUCGCCUGUGGCAGGCACCACACGUUGGCGUUCGCGCCUUCCUCUGGCGUGGUGUAUGCGUUUGGUUGUAACAGCCAUGGCCAGCUGGGCACAGGAAUACUGGGGGAUGCCAGAAGCCCGUUUCCUGUCAAGACCAGUUUCAUGACAGGAAAUUUCCACAGAAGAGAAUCCAAACAGUAUACAGUGACCAAAACCAUAUGUGGAGGAGACCAUAGUUUCUUAUUGUACUCCAAUGAGCAGAGUUCUGUCGCCCCGGAAGAUUUCAGGGUGAUUAAUAUCAACAAAAGCCUCUCCCCAAUCAAUUAUGAAAGGUUAAAUUCAUGGAGGUUAAAACUGAUGUACAGCCCGGACUCCAGCAUCACAACCGACAUCGUAAUUCAGCUCUCCUCAACGGCUUGUUGGAAUGCCAGCUUCUUGGACCAAAGUGAUGAUAACCACUUCAAAACCAACCCAAAGAUCCCAGGCAUUGAUCUCAACUCUGUCAGAAUGCUGUUUGAGACUCUGAACAAACCGGCCUUCUCUGGACUUCUGGAGCAGGCCACCAAGAGUUUUGAGAGUAUGUUGAUCCCUCAGCUGCCGCGCUCCCCUCCCGAUGUCGAGGCCAUGAGGAUCUACCUCAUCCUGUCUGAAUAUCCAGCGCUGCAGGACUCCAAGAACUACAUCCGCCUCACUAUACCCCUGGCAAUGGCCAUUCUCCGGCUCGAUGCCAAUCCCAGCAAAGUAUUAGAUAACUGGUGGUGUUUGGUGGACGGCAGCGUGUUCACCAGAAUGGUCGACAUGUACAAGAGCAUCGUAGUGUUUAUGCUAACAGGAGGCAAGACGGUGCUCGUACCUGUCUGGUAUGAGAACUAUUUUCUGGCCACGCUAAGGCUGCUGGAGAAACUCCACAAGGUAAACUUAAAGGCCAACCAUGUGGAGUACAGCCGCUUUUAUAUCCCUGACAUCACCAACCUCGUGGACAUUCAGGAAGACUACCUCAAAUGGUUUCUGAAUAGAGCCGAGAUUAAAACGGGCUCAUCCCCUGCGCAGAGUGACUUUCUCACAGUGAACCUAUGUGCCUACCCGUUCAUACUGAACGCCCAAGCCAAGACAACCAUGCUGCAAACUGAUGCUGAACUGCAAAUGCAGAUGGCAGUCAGCGGUGCAAACCUACAUAAUGUCUUCAUGCUGCUCACGCUGGAGCCCCACCUUGCUAGGAACCCUUACCUGGUGCUCCAUGUGCGUAGGAACCAUUUAGUAAGUGACACGCUGCGUGAGCUCACCAUGUACUCUGACGUGGACCUCAAAAAACCCCUCAAGGUGAUCUUCGAUGGAGAGGAGGCCGUAGAUGCAGGCGGAGUAACUAAAGAGUUCUUCCUGCUGCUGUUGAAGGAGCUGAUGGAUCCCGUUUAUGGGAUGUUCACUCAUUACAAAGACUCCAACCUGUUGUGGUUCUCAGACAAAUGUUUUGUAGAGCAGAACUGGUUUCACCUGAUUGGGAUCAUCUGUGGUCUGGCCAUCUACAACUCCACCGUGGUUGACCUCCACUUCCCCCUGGCUCUCUACAAGAAGCUGCUUAAUGUUUUACCAACACUGGAGGACUUCAAGGAGCUCUCACCCACUGAGGCCGGGAGUCUACAGCAGCUUCUGGACUAUGAAGGAGGAGAUGUAGAGGAGACGUUUCUUCUCAACUUUGCAAUCACCAGGGAGAACUACGGGAUGACAGAAGUGAAGGAACUGAUCCCCGGAGGAGAGAGCAUCGCUGUGGACAAAAACAACAGGAAAGAGUUCGUCGAGGCCUACCUGCGUUACGUGUUCUCAGACUCUGCGGCCGAGCAGUACUCGGCCUUCUCCUCUGGUUUCCUGAAGGUGUGCGGAGGGGAGAUCCUGUCGCUGUUCCAGCCCUCAGAGCUGAUGGCCAUGGUGGUCGGCAACAACAACUACAACUGGGAGGAGUUGGAGAAGAACGCCGUCUACAAAGGGGAGUUCACAGCCACUCAUCCAACAGUCAGAUUGUUCUGGGAGGUUUUCCACGAGUUCCCUCUGGAGAAGAAGAAGCAGUUCUUACUGUUCCUGACCGGCAGCGACCGCAUCCCCAUCCACGGCAUGGAGAGCCUCCGCAUCGUCAUCCAGUCCACCACGGCCGAGGAGCACUACCUGCCGGUGGCCCACACCUGCUACAACCUGCUGGACAUGCCCCGCUACCAGACCAAAGAGAUCUUGUGCCGCCGCCUCACACAGGCCGUGGAGCAGUACGAGGGCUUCAGCCUGGUCUGACAGGAGUCCGAGAGGAGGUCCAACCAACGCACUUUAACAGCAAUACGCCCCCACGUGAGUGUUGAAGGAGCGUCAGCGGGGCAUUCUGGGACGCAGGAGAAACGCUGUCUUUACACAGGAUUGUUCAGCAUCUGGAGUGUCAAAGGUCUAUGUAUGUAAAUGCGGAAAGUAUUACUGUGUUUAUUGCUUUGGUCAAAGUUUCGCAACCUUUCAGGACCAUUUGGAAGCAGAUAUGAUGAUGUUUGUUGGAAUUAUGUCAGAGGAUUGAAAUGAGGCAAGUAAUCAGUGAAAUUGGGGAUCAUCAGAACUUUGGGACCAACAAUCAGGGCCGGAGAAGGUUGAGAAACUCUGGGCUUUUGGGCGUUUGCGUCGUUUUCUUUCUGUCUUUUUUUGCAAAGCCGUGUAUUUUCUAUUCCUUAAAUUCUAUUUUUCACCUUUAAAGAAUUCUGUUACUACCUUUGAGACAAUAUAUUGCUUUUUGUUACUUUUAAUUUAUUAAAUAGAGUGGUUAUUUUUCAACCAAAUGAACAUGUAUGUAUGUAAAUAGCACUUUGAAUAUAACCUUUACCCCCGGAUGAAGGGAGAAGUGCUAGUCCCACUGAUCCUUUUAAAUCUGGACUUGUCCUCCGCGAUUUCAAAGAAGGUCGAAAGAAGAGUUAAACACGGUGAACAUCGCUUUCAAUCCCUCAUUGCUGUUUAGCUGUGGAUCACAGACCAGCUGACUUUGUCUUGAAUCUGCAUUCAACAGUGUGGCCUUCUGCAGCAAAACCUACUGUACGGACACUAAGCUGACUUCUACAGUCGAUUUUUACUGGAUGUCGUCUGUGUGCAUGUUGUUGAGUGAAAGAAAAAACCUGAUUGUGAUUUAAAAGUUAGACAUUUUCGGAAAUACAAUCUUUCUUGCUGAGAGAUAUAUGAGAAGAGUGAACCAGUUUUCUUGUGUAUCGGUUAAAUAUGAAGCCACAACUAGCAGCCAGUUAGCUUAGACUGAAAGUGCAACCAGUCAAGUGUUUAAGGGUAACAACCUGUAUCUCUGAAGUUCACCAGUUAACUGCUUAUAUCUUGUUUGUUGAAGUGUGAAAAGGAUAUUUUAUUGUUUUAUUGCCCAGCUAUUGCUUUCACCAAAUUAUGUAGCUUGAUCAAGAAACGUCUUUCGGUUUCUGCUUCUAACUUUUUUUCCCGCUUUUUUGAAUUGCAAUUUUGAAGAGCUAAAAAUGCUUAAAACAGAAGAAAAUUUGCACUCAAAAAAGUUUAUAUUUUACGACACUUGCGUAGGUUUUGAUCCAAAAUGGCUCGAUAGCGCCACCUGGAAAAUUUCAAGCAGGCUCUACGACCAGGACGUGUCACCUACAGCUUUGAAAUUUGGUAGGCAUAAGUAACUCCACAAUAAAUGUAAUUGACAAUCACACCUAAAACACAACAGAAAGUCGGCCAUUUUGAAUUUUGUGACAUUUUGGACGAUUUUGAACCAAUUGUUACACAUUCAGAAGCUGUAAACGCAAACAGGGUGACCCCAACAGAGCUGAAAUUUGGCCAGGAUGUACACUAGGCAUGGCUGAUUAAAUCAAAAUGCUCCACAAAAGUCUGAGGGUGUGGGAAUGGCUCCUGGUGGAAUUUUGACAAUUACUAUUUACUGAAGUGGACAGGUAGCACAAAAAGCCACCUACAACUUUCUUGAGUCUUCACUGGUUUUCUGGCCAACCAAGAAGAACCACGAAAUAAUUGGUCACAAGCCACACUAGAGGCGUUAAUUUCCAUUUUUGCAGUCCCGCUUUUGUAGAAAUUAAACAAACUAGACAUAUGCUGAGCUUUUAUUCACGCAAACUCGCUGUUUUCAGUCUUUCUCAUUCGGCUAAGCUAACUGGUUGCUACGAGUGUACCAUAGAGCAAGUGUGUGGAUCGUACCAUUCCGACAAGAAGCGGGUAAGAUUGUGUCCUAAAAUGUAAUUUUAAACUAAAUAUACAAACCUUGAAAUGAAUAAUUGUAAUUAGUAUGGUUUCCAAGUUGCAGAAUAAGAAUACUUAAAUUGUGAUAUUUGAAUAAAAUGCAUAUUUUAACAGUGUGGGCAGAUAUUAGACUCUCAUAUUUAGUCAUGUGAUGAUAAACUGUAUAUCACUUGUUCCAAAACUUGCCCUGAUACUGUAUUUAUUCCUGCAGUCAAACCUCUUAACUGAAAAAUGCUGUUUAAUUAGGUAGUGCAUUAGUGUGAAGUGCGUGAAAUGGUCUUGCAUAUAUAUAUACAUAUACAUAUAUAUUUUUUAUAUAUUUCCUACAUGACAGCAGUGAUAACGUGAUUUCAGACAGUAAAAUGAUCCGAUGUGUCCCGACUAACACAUCCAUUCAGCAAUAACAACCUGAAACAGCCCAGUAAUGUAGUGAUAAACUCCUAAAGGUCUGAAACUCUUCUGAGAUGUUUCUUAGGACAGUUCAUCUCGUUGCUUAGCUCUAUACUGCAUGUACACACAUGUUCUACAGUCAAUAUUUGUCCUCUUAAGGCUGGUUUCUCUUGCAGAGUUUAGUCCUAUGCAAAGGUUUGUGACUUUUUUGCACCUUUUAAUGUGCUACAGAAAAUGUGAUUUUUUGCAUAUUUGUCUGAAAUCUACACGACGCUCUCUGUUCCAGCCAAGUUUUUAAAUAAAAUACAAUGUCCGAGA